AUGGCCCUGCGGGACAGCCGGCGGGCGGGAGAUGGAGACAGCCGGCGGGGAAAUGACCUGGCCGACGAGAUGGAGGACGUGGACUUCGAGGACGAGGGGGCGGACGAGCCCGACGCCGAGGCCUGGGAGACGGAGGACGAGGAGGGGGUGGAGGACGGCAUGGAGGCGCAGGACGACAGCGAGGUCACGUUCUCCCUCCACUCGGCUUCUGUUUUCUGCGUGAGCCUCGAUCCCAAGACCAACACGCUGGCAGUGACGGGCGGGGAGGACGACAAGGCCUUUGUGUGGCGUGUGAGCGACGGGGAGCUCCUGUUCGAAUGCUCAGGACACAAGGACUCGGUCACCUGUGCCGGCUUCAGUCACGACUCCGUCUUUGUGGCCACGGGUGACAUGUCUGGGCUUAUCAAAGUGUGGCGGGUGGACGCCAAGGAAGAAGUGUGGUCCUUCGAGGUGGGGGACUUGGAGUGGAUGGAGUGGCACCCUCAAGCCCACGUCCUUCUGGCGGGCACGGCUGAUGGCAACUCCUGGAUGUGGAAGAUCCCCAGCGGAGACUGCAAAACCUUCCAGGGCCCCACGUGCCCAGCCACGUGUGGCAGGAUCCUGCCUGACGGGAAGCGAGCGGUGGUGGGGUAUGAGGACGGGACCAUGCGCAUCUGGGACCUGAAGCAGGGAACCUCGUUGCAUGUCCUGAAAGGCCAGGACGGCCACCAGGACCCCUUGACGUGUGUGGCCAGCAACCAGGACGGCAGUUUGAUCAUGACGGGCUCUGUGGACUGUCACGCCAAGCUGGUCAACUCAGCCACGGGCAAGGUGGUGUGCGUGUUCAAGAUGGAGAGCAUGGCCCCCAAGACCCCUGCUGGCGAGGGCGAGGAGGCAGAGUCCAACUCGGUGGAGUCGCUGGGCUUCUGUAAUGUAAUGCCACUGGCUGCUGUGGGCUACCUGGAUGGCACGCUGGCUAUCUACGACCUAUCCACACAGAGCUUGAGGCAUAAGUGCCAACACGAGUCGGGGAUCGUGCAGUUGCUGUGGGAGGAGAGCUCGGCCGUGGUGUACACCUGCAGCCUGGACGGGGCCGUGCGGCUCUGGGAUGCCCGCUCGGGGAAGAUGAUCAGCGAGUACCGAGGGCACUCGGCUGAAAUCCUCGACUUCGCUGUCAACAAGGACGCCUCCAUUGUGGUGACGACCUCUGGUGACCACCAAGCCAAAGUGUUCUGCGUCCAGCGCCCCGAUCGCUAGGAACCAUGCUGAGGGACGGUGUCCUGGCUCUGCCAGGUGGCUCGUGUACAGAGGGAGGAGGGAAGAUGGGUUUCACCACCCCUCUCCAGUGCGUGCUUUGUAAUUUUCCAGCCUGCCCCGCUUUGCCCUCACCAUCUGGGGGCCAAGCCUGGGGUUUUGUAUGAAAAUGUCUUUUAAUUAUAUAAAUUAUUUCACUUAACU